GUGAAAUUUCAAGCACGUUCUCUACCUGUCUUUAUUCUACUUUAAUGUGCCGAGAUUACUUUGAACAUCUCGUUGCUGAUUGGUUCGUUUGUAAAAUCGUUACAUUCUUGGGUGUCGAUUGGUUGCUUUAGCGAUGGAAUGUUGAUUACCCUUGUUGAUUUUUGAAACAGACAGAGACGGGUGGGAGUUAGUGGCCGGCGCGGCGGGAGGUAGCUUCUUGCAGGUGUCUGGUGACCUUCUGCAGGGCAUCCUAAGUGCUCCAGAAGAAGACAGGUUUGCUUUUGCUAAUUGGUGAACUCCUAAUUCUUAAAAGCAGUCAAGGCUAAAAGUACCAUCCUGUUAAUGUGUGUGUGUGUGUGUUCCAUACUCUCCUGACGUUUCCACUCAACUUUCAACAAACAGCUUGAGCCUCUCCUGUGCCCCAGCCUCUCCUGGAGGAGCCAUCAGAGAUGCCUAUGAAGGAGACAGGAAAGCAAAGCUCUGAGGGAUCUGAUCCACCUUGUGAACAACCUGGGACAUCCAGGGAUCCAGUGGAACCAGCAGGGACAUCCAGCGAUAUAGUGGAGCUGGCAAGCCAGAAUCUGUCUUGCAAGGAAGUUGCUUUAGUUCCCCAGCCAGAGAAGGUAUCGUAUAGCACAGAGCUGUUUAGGACCUGGAGGGACCUCCGCUGGUUCCAGAUACCUUUGUCGUCUUUAAGGAGACCCAAAGCAGGUCUGUUCAGCUUUAGGUUCCAAUCUAGCCUGCAAGAGUACCAGCAGCUGCGAAAGUCUAAGAGGCUGAAGGUUGGCCGGCCUUUCUCUGUGUUGCCUUUCCCUGGCUUAUCAGUGACACUUAGUGAUUGCUUUCAGAAUACCUUGUACAAACAGCCUGGCAAGCAGUCAGAAAGUGGCAGAGUGAAAAGCUGCAAAAGCUUAUUGGCUGGAAGAGCAGCUCCGCUGACAUCCUUGCCUGCAAGACCACAACACCACCUGCAACCUCACCACCAAUGCCUGACAAUAUUGUCUGCCUCUGACACCUGUGAUUGGGAGGACAGACAGAUUGCUACAGCACAGAAGCCUGUAGUGGGUGCCAGUGGCAGGAACUGUCGUGGACAGCCUUGGAACAAGAUGUCGCCCGUGCCCCCAGGCCCACAACAUCGCCUGCCAUCUUCCCAUCACUACCAGCGCCGUCGCUCCACUUUGCUUGUCAGUGAUGUCUGCGGCAGCAAGAAUAGCAGAAUUGCAAAGGCAAAGAUCCCCACAGCGAGUGCCAGUCAGGUGAAUAGCGCCUUCACAGAGAGGGUAGCACCAGGGCCCUCCAGCAUGCAACCCCACGUACUCCUCCGUCGCAUCUGCCUGGCACAGGAUGGGUGUGAGACAGCACUGCAGGACUGGGAUGAACCCAGACCCUGUGCUCACCGGUUGCGUACUGAAGAACCCACCCUCAUGCAGCCCUGUGUACGCCUCCGUCGCAUCUCCCUGGCACGAAACAAGCAUAAGACAGCACCUCAGGAAUGGGGUGAAUCCAGAGCCCCUGAUGACCAGUCACAAACUAAGGCACUCAUGCCCAUGCAACCCCGGGUACUCCUCCAUCGCAUCUCUCUGGUGCAAGAUCAGUGCAGAACAGCACUCGAAGAGUGGGGUGAACCCAGACCCUGUAAUAGCCAGUCAUGCACCGAGGAACUAAUCCCUACACAACCUCGUGUUGUCCUCCAUCGUGUCUGCCUGGAUCAGUGCAGAACAGCACCAAAGGACAGGGAUGAACCCAGAUACCAAGAGAACCAGUCAUGCACCGAAGAACUAAAUCCCAAGCAACCCCGUGUACGCCUUCGUCGUGUCUGUCUGGAUCAAGGUGAGACAGCAUCUGAGGGCAAGGAUGAACUUAGAUGCCCUGAUUUCCAGCCAGGGGCAGAAAAACUGCAACCUUGUGUACUCCUUCAUCGCAUCUGUCUGGCACAAGUUCAGUGUAAGACAGUGCCUCAGGACUGGGAUGAACCCAGACCCUCUGAUCACCAGGCAGGGGUUGAGAAGCCUGUCGCCGUAUCUGAAGGGCUCUCUUCAGUCCACACUGGAGAGCGUGAAGCAGAACCUGAUGGGGCCAGUCUAGCCAUGGGACAGCCAUUUUGUUCUCCAUCAGCCAACCAGCCACCUACAGCUCCUCCCCCAGCCCAGGCCAAGGAAGCCAGGCCAAGAAGAAAAGGCAUCCAGCGCCACUGGAGACAUAGUUCAUCCCAUUUGCACCUGGCCAAUUUGAGUGAGUGGGGGAUAGGUUGAGAGUUGUUGGUGUCUUCUUUCAUGGUUGUGCAGGCCCUUAGCCAGCAUUUGUGCCUUUGCUAAUAAUGCCUUUUUGCCAUUGUUACUGCUGGCAAAGGCUGCGUGCCCAGUAAAGGUUCUGGCAUGUGUCACUACAAAGCACCAACAUGCCUUGGCCAAAUGUUGAGAUGAUAUAGUUCCCUGUUUGUUCCUGUGCAGGUAAACAGGCAUGUUUAGAUUGUGUCUGUGUUCAAUAUGGUACAUUGCAGCCAACCACUGGUUGUGACUGAGGGAUGCUCCUUUCUUCUAGCUAGCCCAAAGCCCAGUGAUACUGCUUUCCCCUUGGCUGUCCCUGCUGCAUUUUUCUAGUGCUCCACCUUUGGUGAUCUAAUGCUUUCUCCUCCCCCAGAGCUGGACAUCAGAUCUUAGCCCAUGAGCCUGGUUCACAACAUGCAGUGCACCUUCCCACUCCUUGGCCCUGAUCGGCAGGAGGUGCACAGUGAGCUGACUGGCAACCAGGUCUAUUUCCAGGAGCAGCGGCCACCUCAAGAACUUGAUCCCCUGUGACCUGGUCCUGUGCAACAGCUGUGGUAGGAAGGCUGUGCACAUCUCUUACUAGGGGUGCUCGCUGCAAGUAAAAUGGGCUGUCUGCCUCCAUUCCCUGCCAAUUUUAGGGUUUUGUUGUCCUCCUGUGUCUGCCAAGGUGGCAUGCGCCCAUUGCAUUUCACUCUUUAUGUCUCUGCAGUCCCUCCUCUUGCCUGUUUGGGAUGAGGUUCAUGUUUGCUGUGCUCUUUCUCUUUUGCGCACCUUCUUGCAUCCCAAGCUUGUGUGGACCUAGUUCUUAGAUUUCAUAUAUAUACACACUGUGUCUCCUGUUGUUUAUUUGGCAUGCUGUGGCAAUUGUCUCCUGCUGUCCUUCACCCCACAGCGGCCACUUGAGAGGCAGUUGUUGGAUAUCCCAAUGCAGGCUCUCCCUGACAGAGUAUUAAGAUCCUACCAAUCUCCUCCUCUGAUACAGCUUUCCUUCUGGGACAUGAUGGAAGAAAUCCCAAACUAUGUGACCUCUGAGUUUCCAAGAGCAGACUGUUGAUGUCCUGGCUGAGAGCUAGCAACUGUAUGGAACAGUAGGGCAGUUGUGGGUGAUGAACUAGUGAUUUGGUGUCCAGCAGAAGAAGAAGUUGAAACAGCCCUGGAAAGCAAGGACCAGGUUGGCAUUUUGUAUGCUCCUGAUCAAGUUGAAGGGUGGAGCCUGACAGAUCAAAAGGCACACAACUGUCAGAUAUUGUGCCUGAUCCUGACCAGGUCUUCUGUUUCCUUUACAUCGGUGCUUAAAAAAAAAAAAUUAAUGUACACAACUGAGGAAUUUAUUACAGGAAACUGGAACGUUAUGGUGGAUGGCUGCUGUAAUGGUGCUCCUUCCCUACAAAAUAAGUUUUGUUGCACCACAAAAAAACUGGCCUAUUUAUUAUAGCAUAUAUAAUUGCUGAAUAAAUAGUGGCUUUAUUAGGAUUUUAAGGUAGAUUUAAUUGUAAUAACUAGGAUUUAAAUAGUUACAGUUGUGAAUCACCUGUGUGCUUAUGUUGUGAUUCUGAGUUUUGCAUAGAAAUGUCACAAAUCCUGCCACUUAUAUUUUUUAACAUCAGCGUUCAUGAUUGUUUUCCAUGUGUACAUCUGUGACUGCUGACUGAAAAGUCACUUCAUGCAUCUGAUGAAAUACACUUUAACCACAGAUGCUUAAAAGACAAUAAAUCUGUUAAUACUUAAAAA